ACCCACACACACCUUUGGCCCUGCCCCGCGCCUCUUCAGCCCCCGGGGCCGGGCCUGCCCUCCGCCCCUACAAACUGGUUCCUCUGCUUUGCCGGGUUCUGUUAGAACUAGUCCCUUUGACUCCCCGUUUCUGUUUUUUUUCCCCCCCCGCUGGGGUUUUGGUUUUCGGGUUGGGAGGAGGGGGUUUUUCUUCCUCCAACUCGCACCAGGUUUCCUGCCCCCGAGGCGGGCUUGGGUGCCCCCUCUGGCAGGAAGUGGGGCCGGGCGCACCCGCGUGGCGGUGCAUGUGGUCGGGGUGCGCCGUUUCCCGCGCCUGCAGGGCCUGCGCCCCUCCCCCUCGCCCCAGCGCUCAGACCGCCGGCCUACAACCGCCAGGCCGGGACACUGGCGGAGGCACCCUGGGUCUGGAGGAGAGGGCGCCAGGGCCUUACCCUGCCUCUCCUAGUAAACAGUGUCGGUUUGUGAGCACUCUGCAAGGACCCACUCCAUUUUACCAAGUUGCUGUGUGACCUUGGGCCACUCCUGGGUCUUCUCUGAGCUAUUGAAGAAACAAAACAAAACAAAAACUAGCCGCGGACCUGCCAGGAUAUUACUCCGCUGGUUAUUCCUGCAUAGUUCCGUAAACACUGAAGGGCCACAGUGUGUGCACCCCUGUGAGGAGACGGGCUGGAGACCCUAAGGGCGGCUUGUGCGAGCCACCUCCCUGAUGGUCAGAAACAGGUGGAAGAGAUGAAUGUUUUCUUGACCUCACUGGACAGCGACUCCGAACUCUUAAUUCAGUGGGGGGCGGGGGGAGCAGGUGGUUAAAGACUCCCUCCCUAACGCAUCACAGCCGGUCCCCCUUACUGCCCCGUAGAGAGGGAAGAUGAGCGAGUCCAGCUCAAAGUCCAGCCAGCCUCUGGCCUCCAAGCAGGAGAAGGACGGGACGGAGAAGCGAGGCCGGGGCAGGCCGCGCAAGCAGCCUCCGGUGAGUCCUGGGACGGCGCUGGUAGGGAGUCAGAAGGAGCCCAGUGAAGUGCCAACACCGAAGAGACCUCGGGGCCGACCCAAGGGAAGCAAAAACAAGGGGGCCGCCAAGACGCGGAAAACUACCACAGCUCCAGGGAGGAAACCAAGGGGCAGACCCAAGAAACUGGAGAAGGAGGAAGAGGGGGGCAUCUCCCAGGAGUCCUCGGAGGAGGAGCAGUGACCACGCACAGUGCCGCCUGCUCCUUGGCCAUCAGAGGAGCAGCCUUCCCCCCCCCGGGACUGGAAGCCCCGCUUCCAGGCCCCCCCCCCCACGGCACACUACCGCACCAGCUGCAGGCUCUGCGGCCCCCCGGGAGCAGGAUCUGGCUCAGUCCCUGUGCCCUCCUCCCCAGCACACCUGCCCUCUCCCGACAAGGCUGACUUCCCGUUUAGCCGCAGCCCGUCCUGCUGCGCAUCUCCCUUAGCGACACGGCUCUCUAGGCUGUCUUGCAGGUCCCUUCCGCUCUGCUCUUCCUGGCUUCCUUGUAGAGGGUCCCGGGAGCAUUCCCCGGCCUUAAAGGGCCCCAGCCCGUCUCGCUUCUGACAAGCCCCACUGGCUGACCUGGCUGCAGUAGGUGCGGUCGGUGCAGGGAUGCUUGGAUCCCAGCAUGCCCCACCAAACUGUCCCAGGUGGGGUUCUCAGUCGCUUCUGCUCCACCUGACCCAGACCCUGCACUAGGUUGGCUAAAGCCCCUUGAACUACAGGAAGUAGGGCACGAUGGCCCCACCCACCUUGUUCUCCCCUGGGACCCAAUGCAGUGACAUGGGAGUCCCCACCCACCUCCAGGGUGGGGUCCUAUUCUCUGGCACCCACUUAAGGCAGAUGGGGCGCUAACUCACCCCCCCACCCCCACUCUAGGCUGCUUCCCUUCCUCCAGUAGGGCACUAAGGAGCCAGCCUUGCCCCCGCCUUGCUCCUCCCUGCCCCCCAAGGUUCUGGUUCCAUCUUUUCCUCUGUUCACAAACUACCUCUGGACAGCUGUGUUGUUUUUUUUUUGUUCAAUGUUCAUUCUUAGACACCCACCAUUGCUGCUACCAGCACCAAAAGUUCAUCCUCCCAUUCUGCCUGCAUUCUCCCCAAGACACUCUAGGGGAAAGGGGGGCUGGGGCGCAGCAGGCCGGUUACCAACCACCCCGCACCAGGGACAAUGGGGCCCUGCUGCCCCUUGGAUGCUGCAGCUGAGUGAGGAGGGGGCCCAUUUUGAUGGGAAAAGGGUGUAGGCCCGCUUUCUCCCCUUGUUCUGUGGGGGAGGGGUGGCCAGUGUUUGUCCCGGCCUGGGGCUCCCCUCUGGGUUUCCUAUUUGCAGUUACUUGAAUAAAAAAAUAGCCUUUUCUGGA